GCCAUGGCCGGGAUCGGUGACCCUCGGCUGGCGGUGCUGCUGCCCACGGCCGCCUUCCCCUGCGGAGCCCUGCGCCCUGACAACGCCACGGCCACCAAGCUGCUGGGGACGUGGCUGUACGUGGCCGGGGCUGCCCAGUUCCCCCGGCACCUCCUGGAGAUGCUGCUCAUCGACCACGGGCACCUGCACGUGGAGCCCCUCAGGGAUGGGCCGGAGCUGCUCAUCACCCAGCACGUGGCCGUGGGGGACCAAUGUCUCACCAACAACCUCACCUACUUGGAAAUCGCCGCCGGUAACACCACACUGGUGAAGCAUGCCAAGACCCAGGAAACUGUGGGGACACUGAUGAACCUCAGCUCUGAAGACCUUUUACUCAUCCAGUACCAACUGCAGAGGGAAAGGACAUAUUUGGGACUGUAUCUCUACGCCCGGAACCUGAGCGUGAGCACAGCUGACCGUGAGGAAUUCGAGCACCACGCCAAGUGCCUGGGGCUGAGGGAAGAGGAGAUCAUUUAUGCACCCUGGAAAACAGAGCUGUGUCAAACAAAAGAAAUAGAAAAAGGCAACACCCCACACACGGAGCCCGUGGCUGAGGGCACAGCAUCACCUCCUCCAGGUACCCCCCGGCCUGGGAGUGUGGGGAACUGACCCCACUUCAAGCAAUAAAUGUUUUCUUCAA